AUCGUAAUGAUGCAUGCUGAUAAGGCAGCAUCGACUCUAAUCGAAACGUACAGUAGAAUACUACUCGUUCGUCAGUUUGCAAUGGAUUUGCAAAGCAGCAUUCUUACAACCAUUCUGGUGAUCAUCCUUCAGCUCCACUGCGGAAUCACCUGGUUGUUUAACUGCAAACGCAUCGGCUUUGGAUACUACACCGUCCAGAAAAAUUGUAUCCUGGAGAAUGUCUUGAUCAGCAACGAAACCACUCUGUACCGGGUGUUCUUUCCGCCGGUUGAUCUGGAGAUAAACUACGGCUCCAUUCGGGAUUUCAAUCGUGACGUCGCAUCUCGUAUGAGCAACAAAACGAAACGACUGACCAUUUCCUAUUCAGGAGUGGAGCAUUUUUUCCUGAGAGACACCUUGGAGUAUGCUGAACUAAUGCAUAACAACAUUUCGAAAGUGGAAUUUGAUUCGGCGGAAAAAUUGAUCGUUUGGAUGCUGCGAUUGAACUACAAUCAGCUGCAAGAUGCUUCGUUUGUGAGCGAAAUCAGAUCGCUGGUGAUUCUUGGCUUGAGCAAUAACUUGAUAAGCAGUGUAAAAUGGAACAUAUUUUCUAAUCUGAAUCGUCUGAAAACACUGGAUCUUGGCGGUAAUUUAAUCAAAGAAAUAGAUUGUUAUGGAAAUUUGAAGCUCCCUUCUUUGAGAAGGUUGGUUUUGGCUGAAAAUAACAUUGUGCAUUUUGAUCUGAGCGGAGUUGUCAUGAGAGAUUUGAAAGAAUUCAACAUUUCAAUGAAUCGGAUACCAACGCUCAAUACAUUCCAGUUGGAUAAGAGCUUUCCUACCAUCGAGGAAGUGGAUUUGAAUAAUAAUCCUUGGAACUGUGGUCGACAAAUGCAAAUCAACAGCUUAUUGAUGUUCAAACGAAUCAAAAGACACACAUCCACUACACGAACGGUUUGCCAUGAAGAUUUUUUGGAACAGAUGGCUCUGAGUGCACCUGACGGAACUGAUAAGUUGACGAAUCGUCUUAACAGCACGGAAAUGCUGCGUCUAAAACAGCUUAAAGAGCACAAUAUCGAUACGCGUCUGGCGACUGCACAAAAGCGGGUCAACUUUUUGGAAGAAAUUGUAAACGAGAUAAAAGAGGCGACCCUGGAGCUUCUCAGGAAAACGAAACAUUUGUACGAAAUGAACAACCUACGAAUGUCACGCAGCAUAAAUAUGCACAGCUGAGCGAGGUGUGUAUAUGGUGCAAGCAUAAUAAAGUUGUAAAAACAUAAAA